UGGGAACAGGAAAAUUGGAAUCCCAGUAUUGCCUUUGUUGUUGGGAGCCAACCUGAAGAUGAACUUCAUAUAAAGGCUCUAUCGCUUGCUGUGCAGGUGCCACAGAGAAGGCUCUUUGGUGUUGUGUCCUGGGAAGAAAUCUUGGCACAGAUCAUGGAAGCUGGAGAUGUAAAAGCAAAGAAGGUCAAAGAAAAAGAAACACCGCUUUAUUACGAGGUGAUAGAAACAGCAAAAAGCAUUAUGGAUAGUGGGGAACAGCUUCCUGUAACUUUAAUUGGAAAAUUAAUUAAGUAUCAAAUGCUUUGCAUCAAACAGAAAGAUAUGCAGAGAAGGGCUGCUGACAAAAAGCUAGUUGAAGACCGAGAAAAGGAAAAAGAAGACAAAGCGAAAGGGAAAGGGAAACCUGCCAACAAGAAGGAGAAGCCUGCCAGUGCCAAAUCUGGUGGAAAAGGAGGAAAAGGAAAGAAGGCAUCAGAUUCACCAAAUGUAUCUGCAAGUACCAUUAAAAAAGACACGAAGCUUAAACGACGUGGAGAAGAGGAUGAUCUUGAUAAAUACAUUGAUGAUGAACCAGAUGAUGGUGCUGAGUAUUAUUUCAUAGUUUGUGGUUUUCACUACCCUCAACUUCUGCCUGUGCUUUCUGAUCUUGGAGUAAAUGUUGGAAGUGUCAUAAAAAUUUCUUCUGACAAUUAUGAGCCACUGCAGACCUACCUGGAAGGGAUUGCUUUGCAAGACGAACCACUUCUUCCACAAGAAGUUGUAGAAGCUGAAAAGAAGAAGAAGGAAAAAAUUGCUAAGGACCUGGAAAUUUUUUGGAAAUACUUAGAAGCAGUUCUGAACAGUGGAAAACCAGGAUCAAAUCUCUUUCAGAUUGCUAGACUUCAUCAUCUUGUCCAUGAGUCUACAUUUCCUGCUGACUGGAGUAACAAUGACAUGAUGCUUGAAUGUGGAACAGACCUCUUUGAAAGUGUGGCAUGUUUAAUAUAUGACUGCCUGGACUGGAGAAGACAACAUCAGCACUAUUUGAAAUCCACCAAAUUGAUUAAUGUUCCUGUAGUGGAAAAGAAGAGCAAACUGGCAGCAGAGGUGCAACCCACAGCACCAACUGUUGUUUCAAGGAAGAAACAGGCUACAGAAGAACUUGUUGCACCACUAGUUUUAACAACAGAUGUGGAUAUGAGAUAUUAUAAUGAUCUUCUAAGCUCUGUCCCUGAAGAGAUAGUUUCUGUUGCCUUGAUACUGAAUUGCAUGCUGCAGCAGGUUGUUGCUUCAGAAGAGAAUCUUACGCCACCAAGUCUGGUGGUUCCAGAGCCACGUGAAGAUGGACUUGAUCACACCAUUGCAAGUCAUAUUGUUUCAAUCCUGCCCUCUCUUGCCCUUCCUGAGAGUGAAAAAAAGAAUUUGUACAACUCCUACUACCCUGAAAAUGAAGAUAAAAUGAUGGCUGUCAGAUGGCCUCUUAUAAUGAAUUAUCAUGAUACUUUGUCUCAGAAGUUGCACUUCCUAAAGGUACAAGAUGGUCUUGACCCAGCAAAAAUUGAAGCUGAAUUGACAGACAAGUUGCCUUUGAGGGAUCUUCUUAAAUUUCCUCUUCCACCGCCUGGAAACAAUACCAGACGCCUUGCCAGGAUUCAUGAGCUAAUGCACUAUUGUACUAAUGAGCAGAUGAACUGGGCAGAAGUUGAGCGAGCUUUUAAAUUGUUUACUUUUGAAAGUUUGAGGCUGACAGAAGUAGAUAACUUUGGAUGCCUAGAAAGCCCUGGCACAAUGCUUGGUGGUGAUUAUGAGGUGUCCUAUAUCCCAUGGGAUAAUCCUGCUAGGUUUGCUAGACAACUGAGACAAGAGUUAGUUGGCAGGCGCGUGUCAGAAGAAAAUAAUAUAAACAGACCAGGUUGGAUUCCUGAUCCAAAUGGAAAUCAGCUAAGAAGUUCUUUUGAAAAUAAGGUCAUUCUGGAGGCAGAUUUAGCAGCAAUACAGAAGACCCAACAGCGAUGUUUGAAAGACUGGAGUUUUGCUGAACAUUUUCCGCCUGAUGUACUCUUCCAGGUUCUUCACAAGGCAACCCAGCAUUACAGGUGUAUUGAUUCCUACUAUCACACUCAAGAUAACUCUUUGCUGAUAGUUCUUCACAAUCCCAUGAACCAACGCCAUCAGUUUCAGGAGUUCUGGAAUAUAGCUUUGCAUUCUGACGUUGGAUUCAGGAAUUACUUGGAAUUGGUUGCCAGCUCCAUUGAUGAAUGGAUACUAAGAGAAGAAACUAAAUAUCAGGAAGAAAAAAUGGCAAAGGAGCUGGAAGCACUUAGAUUAGCUGCAGAGAUGGCAGAAAAACCACCGGUUGAAGUCAAGUCCCCUCCUACUGGAAAAAAAGGUGCUGCCUCUAAGAAAUCCAAAAGUCCUCCCAAAAGUAAAACUGAUGCUUCUCCAGAGCCUUCAGUUGAGAGUGAAAAAAAUAUUUUUAUCAGAGAUGACUCUCUGAAGGCUUGGAAGGAAGAGCAAGAGCGGUUGUUAGAGGAAGAACGUCUGAAAGAAUUAAAAAAAGCUGAGAAGAAGGAAAAAACCAGUGGCAAGAAAAAGGGUAAGGAGACAUCAGGUAAGGAAGCAUCAGCAUCUGAUGAAGGAAAGGCAUCAAAGAAGAAGUUGUCCAAAGAUAAAUCGAAAUCACCAUCGAAAUCACCAUCGAAAUCGCCAGAAUCGGCAAAAUCACCAGAAGUUGAAGAUCAUUCAAAGCUAAACAAACAAAGCAGACAUAAUAUCCCUCCUCCGCCUCCAGAGAAAGACUAUGAGUUUCUUGGAUACAAUAUGGGCGAGAAUCCCAUUCAAGUUGCUGGAACUAUCCGAUACCUCUUCCCUACCGAUGGAGGGCAGAUCCAAGCAGAAAAGAUAACGUUUGAAAAAGGGUCAACCUUGGUCAAAGUGAAGGUCAUAAAGGAUAAUCACAGUUUCUUCAUUCAUAUCAUAGACCCCCAGAAAAUCCCUGAAGAAAGUAAAACUGAAGGAGAAAGUCCUGAGUGCCUAGAAGAACAACACACAGAGACAGAAGAACCAGUGCAUCAAGAGAAAGCUGUGAGCAAAUUUGGAUCAUUUUCUGCAACUUUAGAAAAUGACAUUCAUCUUUCCUUUAGUUACUAUGGAGCUUCAGGAAGCGCACCAGAUGAAAAGGAUCCGGAUUUAGCAACCAUUUUAUCUAUCCCUUCCGUAAAUGUGCCUACUUCUGCUCUCGUUGCCUCGGCUGUUUCUGCUGCGACUGUUUCUCCUACAGGAAAAACUAAGCCUAGUAAAGAAAAAUCAGCCAAAUCCGUACCAUCAGCCAAACUGAGCUCUCGCCUUACAGUGACUGGAUCACCAGAUGACUCUACAAAGCAAGAAGAAAAAAAGAACUUGCCCCUGGUCUUUGGAGCAGAGCUCAAGGAGGACUACAUUCUAGGUGUCACUACUCUUGAUGAAAAGGAUCCGGAUUUAGCAACCAUUUUAUCUAUCCCUUCCGUAAAUGUGCCUACUUCUGCUCUCGUUGCCUCGGCUGUUUCUGCUGCGACUGUUUCUCCUACAGGAAAAACUAAGCCUAGUAAAGAAAAAUCAGCCAAAUCCGUACCAUCAGCCAAACUGAGCUCUCGCCUUACAGUGACUGGAUCACCAGAUGACUCUACAAAGCAAGAAGAAAAAAAGAUAGAAGCAGAUGAAGCAGCCCAAAGACAAUUUAUUUCAGAUAACCAGGAUUUCAAUACUUUGAACCUGUCCUGUCCCAAUGGAUUGGUGUUGACCUUUUUUGGUCAAAAGUUCACAGGUGAGGAAAAGGGAGACAAAGUCAAGAAUGAUGACGAUGAAAACAGAAUAGAUGAUACUAAAUUGGAUGAGGCUAACAUGGAUGAAAUCAAGCCACAAGAGAUCAAAGCAGAACAAGUGAAGAGCAAUGAGGCCAGAGAGAGCAAGACCAAAGCAAAUGAAGACAAGGAGGAUGAAGCCAGAGCUGCUGAUGGAUCUGUGGUGCAGAGUCCGACAGGGAAUGAGGCCAACGAAGACAAGGCUGAGUCUGAAACAGAGAAAGACAAAGCAGAUAAGGCUAAAGAAUCUACUGUUGAAAUACUGAUUAGGCAGAGUUAUCCCCAAAGAGUGAAACAUUCACAGCUGCAGAAAACAGUGAACAAGCCAGUAGAACAGGAAGUGUCUAGAAUUAUUACCAGACAAGGGACUGUUAUAAAGAAUAUGUUGGAUGGAUCCACCCAGAUAUUGUUUGCUGAUGGCACAGUGAUCAGGAGCCCUGACUCUGGUCCAGUGAUUCCACCCCCACCUGCACCUAGUACACCACACACAGAAGUUGUGCCUUCUCCUGAAAUAAGCACGAAGAAAAAUAGGAAGAAUACUAAGGGUGGUCUUGCACCAAAGGCUGAAGCAGUUGAAACAGUUGUUCCAGAUCAUCUGUCUGAUUCGGAACAUUCUCCUGAAGUUCUGGCAGGCACAUGGAUAACCACUACUCCAAUAGGUGUACAAAUAGGCACCAAGGGAUCCGAGAUACUUGAUCUGAAGCCACUAUUGGCAUACCAGGCCACUGACCCAGUUAAUGGAACGGUGAUGAUAACAAGAGAAGAUAGAGUAGUUGUGGUAGAGAAAAAUGAUAGUUCCAGAAUAGUAGAUCAUGCUGAUGGCACCAGAAUAACCACGUUCUUCCAAGAAUGUAUUGAAACUGUGGUGCCUAAUGGGAGUGAAGAGACAGAAAAUAACCCUGAAUCCAUCACAAGGAAAGUGAAGUGUAUGCGUGUAGAAAAUCCAGAUUUUGCAACGGUCAUAACAAACUGUGAGGAUAGCACCUGCUGUGCUAUCUUCGCUGAUGGGACAUCGGUUAUAUCAAAGCCACAAGGAACAUACCAAAUAUUGCCCAUGAACAAAGGCUGCCUCUUUAUCGAUGAAAAUUGUUCUGCCGUGUAUUCUCCAGAAGCAUUUGAAAAAAGUGCAUGUGAACUUAUAUCCAAAGUUGAGGAUCAGCAAGUGGGGAAAUACAUUAUGAAACAUAAUUCCAGCAUUGUCUGUGAAGUGGUGGACCCUGAGGGAAAUAUUUUCAAGGUCAUGGCUGAUGGCAGCACAUCUGAAUUCAUUGCCACAAUUGAUUCUGAUGAAAAUAAACCAGAACCCACAGAUAUGCAGAUUCCAGUCAUAUAUGGGGAACAUGCACCCAGAUUCUUCAUUGUCUACGCUGAUGGCUCAGGGACCGAACUCCUUCGUACCAGGGACGCAGAAGAAUACCUGGCUCUGGCAUAUGGCAAUCCCGUUGUAGCAGUUCUGCAGGAGCCAAUACAAGAAUGUCCAGAAGCAAAUUUAAAUUUGCAGUUCAAUUUUGGAUUGUUCAGGUACCUUCACCAUAUACUACGAUAUAGGAAGACUCCAGGUCCUCCAUUUGGAAUGCAUGCUUGGAAAGGUCUGUCCAUAGAGUUCAAGGCAUUAGCAGAUUCUCCUGCACCUGUACGGAAAUGUCCAAAUGUACUCCAGAUUCGCCGGUUGAUCCAGUAUGAGCCAGUCACUGAUGAACUAAGGCACAGACUGCAGCUUUCUGUCAAGGAGUACAUUGACAAAAUCAUAAAACAAGAAGAUGAAAUGCAAGAGAUGACCAUUAAAGAUCCAAGAAUGGAAGAGGAGAAGGAAAAUGCUGCAGACCUUCUCAAGCUAGUUAUGUCUUUCCCUGCUCUUGAAGAAACUUCAGAUCUCUGUACUAGAGCUCAGAUUGCAGAGAUAUAUGAGCAUGCAGUAACUUCUCAUCUACAAAAUCUACCAGGGGAGACACUCCUAAGGAAAACAGAAGAAUAUUGGCAGACGUUUCGCCAGGAAGGGGAAGUGCAGGUAUCUGUCUGGCAGGUCAAGUUAGCACAGACCAGGCAAGAACUUGAGAAUGGAAAGGAAUGUCUUACGAAGAUAAGGAACAAAGUAAUCCCUCCCUACUUCAAAUCAGAAUUUGGCAUGGAAUUUCUACAAAAGGAGCUUCCUGAUAUCGAGCAUCUUUCAAAAAUGCUUCCGCCAUUCCCAGGGAAAGAAAAUAAGGAACCAUUGCUGAGUACAAUUACAGAAUCUAUUGAAAGCAAAACUGCUGGAUACAGUUCAGAAGAUCACUCCACCAAGCAUUCUGGAGAUUUACACCCUGAUCUAUCAGUUGGCUCUUCAAUCUGUGCUGCGGUCUAUCCAGCUCUCUCUGGAACAGAAGGAGACACAACUGACAAUAAAUUGGAGCUCCUCAUCCAGCCAAAGAUCCAGUCUCUUUUGGUGAAUGCGGCAGGAUCACCAAGGAAAGAGAAGGUGAAACUGCCCUCAUCCAUACAGAGGGUCAAGCCACUGUCUCUGCCCAGGCAAAAGGAUGAAGGCCCUGUUUCUGGCAAAGUCCGUACAUGCUCUGUUGCAGCAGCUUCCCAGCAACUGUCAGGUUUCCUUCUUACCCCACCUAAGGUGAUAUUUGGAGUUCUUAAGGAGGGCUCCACCUAUGCAGCUACAGUGAUCUUGAAGAACAUCGGAAUGGAUUUCUGCAGGUUUCGAGUGAAACAACCACCUCCUUCUACUGGAUUGCGAGUGACCUACACCCCUGGACCUAUAGCUGCUGGGCUGCAGACUGAGCUGGAAGUAGAGAUUUUUGCCAUGGCCAUUGGGGUGGAAGGAGAUGAGGGCUUUGGGAAAAUCAGCCAUCGGGUUGAAAUUUACACAGAAACAGAAAUACUUUUCCUUCCUGUAGAAGCAACAGUCUUAACAGGCAACCUCUAUGACCAAAGAUCACCAAAUUUCCCACAAGGGACAAACACCUCCACUGUCCGUCUGGUUUCAACAAGUCCAGUCUCUCGUUUUAGAGUUACACUACCUCACAAGCUUCCUGCUUAGU